AUGCAUCCCCGUCAUUUGUUUCCUAACAUUGUCAAAGGACAAGUGAGCCGGGCCUCCAGAAUCAACACAGAUGAUAUACAAUUUGAACAAGAAUUAGAUAAUCUCACAGGGUAUUUUGAACAGAGAGGUUAUGGGAAGAACUUGGUUAGGAAUGCAAUAGAUGAGAGCGUAUGGGGACUAGUUAACAAUGCUGGAAUUUCCAAAUGGGGUGAAGUGGAAUGGAAUACAGUUCAUGAUUAUAAGAGAGUGGCUGAGAUAAACCUGUUUGGCAGCAUCCGAACAACAUUAGCAUUCAUUCCUUUAAUUAAAAAAUCAAAAGGACGGAUGGUAUUUAUGUCCAGUACAAAUGCAAUAAUCACUCCACAGUGUAACAGCAUAUACUGUGUCACCAAACGUGGAUUAGAGGCCUUUUGUGAUUCACUGAGGAUCGAAAUGAAGAAGUUUGGAGUAAUCGUAUGUGUUGUUCGUCCAGGGGACUUCACUAGUGCAACUAAAAUUCUGAAAAAACAAACUGCUGAGGACAUCUGGAGCACGUUUUCUGAAGAUGUGAAGCAAGUAUACAGCAAGGAAUAUGUUGAUACCUAUAUUAAAUCAAUAGAUAUGAGACUAAAACGCCAAAGCAGAGAUCCCGAUGAAGUAGUUUCUACUGUCGUUAAAACACUAAUGAUUUCAAACCCAAAUGCAGUAUGGACAGUGGCAUCUGUAGCAGAAACAUCACUGGCUUUCAUCUGUUCUUAUUUCCCGUAUUCUGUUCUUGUACCUUUAUUCUACUCUCUUGGAGGUGAAAAGGAAAGGAGAGUGCUAAUAAAUCAGUAACUAUAAAACUUACCUUCAUUUGACACUACAGUGACAUCUUGUGAACUAGAACUGCAAAAUAGCUACCUUUUUGAUAUCUCUAUGUCUGCCUCCUCCUGUCCUUCAGCAAGCAUGUUUUUGGCCUGUGUAUUUACUUGGUAUCAAAAAUGAAGCAUAAAAAAGGACAGACUUGGAAAAUAUCACAAAAUGCAUUCACACUCAGCAUUUGUUGACUAAAUGACAAGUGUUUUGCAUACAUAAUAUUAAUCGCAAGAACGAGGGAUCAAGGAAAGCAACUGUUAAUCACAAGAACGAGGGAUCGAAAAAAGAAACUGUUUUCUGUAUGUUAGGAACUGUUUGCUAUACAUUAGAAAUAUUUUUGUACUCAGCUUAUUUGAAAGUCAAAACAGAUGGAAUAUUUUUAAGUGGUCUUAUAUUUUUAAAUUAUGAUAUCAAUGAAGAAUGCAAUUCAGUAAUACAUGCAUACUUAAAUUACUUGAUAUCAUGAUGAACACCAGUUUAACUGGAGGAUAAUUUUUUAUAUUAUUUUUAAUUCACUGUUUGUCUUUAUAUUGUACUUCAUAAUAGUUCCUUGUUGCUCAUGUGAACAUUGGUAGUAUGAAUUCCACUUGUUUCUGAAAAAUUAAUUUGAAGGGGAAUUCAAAGUCAUCUUUUAAGUGGGGGAGAAACAUGCCAUGUUACCCAUUUAUGGGGCAUUGCUCUUUCUUCUUACAUACUUAAUAUAACCUACUCCAUAGGAAAGGGGAAUUAUGCUCCAGCACCCCAUUCUAAAAGAGAGCAAUUCUAUAGUUAAUGUCACUUACACUGGUACUCCACUGUACACCCCUACAAUGUUCAGCCAGUCAAAACACAUCGAGUUCGGUGUGCUUUGCUUUUCAGUCUUUUAGAUCAGAAGUUAUUUUAGUUUACAUUCUGCAUGUUUGAACAUAAAUCUAAGUGACACAUUUCUAAGAAAGCUGUGAUCUGUGGAUCACUCUUAUAUUGCUUCAUUCUAUACUGCAUUAAAAAUGGCUCCCAUGGAUUUGGUUGGUUUGUAAGUUCCUCAGGAAACUUCCUCAGUUACUUUUACUCAUAAAUGUAUAGCAUCUUCUGCUAUUCCUCGCAAUAUACUGUAGUAUUGAUGUCUGUGUGAACCAUUACAGCCUGUUUUGGGGAUAUUUUUUCCUUUCACCGAUAUGGUGCAACCAUGCUGUUAGUAUAUCUGUAUAAAGGGGUGAUGCCAAAGAGCACUGUUUCAAUAACUACUUGUGAUUUUAAUUUAUGCUUUUGUUCAGAUGUAAUUGAGCAAUUUCUGUAUGAUUAAUCAUUUAUUUAUCUUAUAGAAGAAGCAUUAAAAUGCACACUAGAUAUG